UUCAGCCUCCAGAUGCAUCUCACCCACAUUUCUACACCGACACUGAGCAUUAAGGAACAGCAUUUGCCCCCAACGCAGAGGAAAAUGAAGCUGCUGAUCGGUGCCCUGUGUAUUGCGGCUUUCGUGAACCACGCAGUGGCGUCGGCGGAUCCUCCAUUUUCCUCUAUAUCGACUGAUAAUUCCACUGUCAGACAGAUCAUUAUUGAUACCCACAAUGCCUACAGGAGAAAUGCGUCUCCCUCUGCACGGAACAUGCUGAAGAUGGUGUGGAAUGAGGAUGCAGCAAAUAAUGCAGCCAGCUGGUCGGCAGGAUGCACAGGGUCUCAUAGCCCCCCAGAUAAACGCACAAUUCCGGGCUUCAGCUGUGGGGAAAAUCUGUUCCUGGCUUCCUAUCCAGCCUCUUGGGAGGAGGCAGUUAAAGCGUGGUUUGAUGAAAAUGAAAGCUUUGAAUAUGGAGUGGGACCUAAGUCUCCUGAUCAGGUUGUAGGACAUUAUACCCAGGUCAUGUGGUACAAUUCAUACAUGGUGGGAUGCAGCGUCUCCUACUGCCCUAAAAGCCAAUACAAAUACUUCUAUGUUUGCCAGUACUGCCCAGCGGGAAACAUUGAGGGCGUCAUGAACACCCCAUACAAAGCCGGGCCGAAGUGCGCAGAUUGUGUGGAGGCUUGUGACAACUCCCUUUGUACCAAUUACUGUCCCUAUCAAGAUACAUAUUCAAGCUGCAGCAAUUACACUUCUUAUUGCAAUACUUUCCCUGCAAUACGGGACGGCUGCAAGGCUACCUGUCUCUGCACCAACAAUCAGAUCGUCUGAUUUCAGCCCUUCGGCCGGGGCUGCUGGGUGACCAAUCAGCAAUCACUGACAUGGACUGGGAAGCACAACUGAAAUAAUUCAAAUAAUGAUAUUAUUAAAGAUAAUUUUUGCUUGUCAAGAAAAUUGACGUCAGCUCUCCUUAUACACAAAUACAUAUGGGUGUGUUUAUACUUUAUUUAUUGUGUUCUGGAUCAAAAUGCUUAGGAACCACUGGUGCAUCCUCACUGGAGACCUGACAGCAAGUUCAAGUGACUCUGCCUCUGAAAAUGGAUGAAUAAUAUCAAGAAGAGAGGACGUAGGUUUAAUUGCUGAGUAAUAAGCCCUUUGAGAAGUUGAAGAAGUGUCAAUGAAGAUGAAAAAAAACUAUGACUAUGAAGGUUUUCAUUCAUCCAGGUCAUGGUGUAUCUAGUAGUAUCUAGUAUAAGUAAGUCUGGAGCAAGUGGACUUGUUGAGUUACAAUGCACCAUUGUGAUUGGAUAUGUGGAAGAGUUUAUAUAGCGAGAACGUCCCAUACCAGUUAAGGUGGCCAUGCACUGUAAGAUCCGCUUGUUUGGCGUGGUCACCAAGCGAGAGGAUCUUCUCCCGAUAUGCCCACCUACGUUCCCUGAACUUAGGCCUCAUUAAGGAAAUGUCCCAAGGGUAUGGAGGCCCUUGGUGAAGAAUCCCCUGGAGGUGAUCCAGGCCACAGAGGUGAAGUGAGAUUCCUGCCAAGUAUUUCCUCAGGGGAGUGUCAGCCUGUAUCGCUCUCUGCAUGUCAUGUUGCCUAUUCCACUUUGUCUCUGAGAAACUGUGAGUAAACCCUGUGGUUGUUCAAUAAACUAGUUCUGUUUUGUGGUCUGCAGGA